GCGCCUUUGACUUGAUCUACAGAUUAUGCUGUAACAAGUGGAAAGCCGAGCUCGUUCAAAGAUGGCCGACAAAGAGGCGACAGUCUUCGUUGUCGAUGUGUCCAGCGCCAUGGCCGCUCGCCGCGAUGACCUAGGCAUCACAAACAUGGAGUGGGUCAAGCAGUACAUCAUGUAUAAGAUUGGGCCCAAGGUCUUUGCCGGCAGGAAAACGGACUACGUAGCCAUGGUGUGUGCUGGCAGUGAUAGGACCAAAAAUGCCAUGCAAGCAGAGGACGACUAUCGCAACAUUGAUGUGGCACUUGGUUUCCCGAGACGACAAGAGGGCCAGGCAAAUACGCCAGACUACGUACUAGGCAGAGGCCAGAUAAACGCCAUCAACCAGGCAUUGGUUCCGUCAGACCAUUUGCAAGGCGAUCUGGUUUCGGCAAUCCUCAUUGGAAUGGAGCUCAUCAGUACCUUUUGCGCCAAAUACAAGUUCAUCAAGAACCUGAUUGUCAUCACUGCUGGGCAGCUGCAAACAGACUUUGAUGGCAUAUCUGAGAUUUCUGAUCGUAUGAAAGGCGAGGGCAUCAACCUGACUGUCAUGGGUAUUGAUUUUGACGACGUAGAGCUCGGGGUGAAAGCUGAGGACAAGUCGGACAAGAUGAAAGGCAAUGAAGAAGGACUCAGAGAGCUUUGCAAAGCGUGUUCGGGGAUUUGUGCCACUUUCCAGGAAGUGUAUGAGAGCACAAAGAUUCCCAGAAUAAAACAGGUGCGCCCCGUGACGACAUUCAAGGGCCAGAUCAUCUUGGGUGACAUCGAAAAGUAUGAAGAGAGUUUUGCCUUCAAUGUUGAGCGAUACGCAAAGACGAAAAAAGCCAUACCGCCAUCAGCGCAGAAAGUUUCUGCCGUCGCUAAUCAGCGUGAUGUCAAGAUGCAAUUGCAAGAUCAGGACCCGAGCAAUCUUACCGCCAUGCCUGUGUUGCAUGGCCAGGUCCGUAUGCAACGUGCCUAUAAGACGGCAGAUGGCAGAGAAGUUGAUAAGACCUUCCUGGAACGCGGAUACAAGUACGGUUCUACCAUUGUUGGCAUGAGUGAAGCUGACGAGGAUUAUCUACGCUUCCAGUCCGAGCCUGGCAUGCUUGUCCUCGGCUUUGUGCCCAGGAAUGAUGCCCUUGAACAAAUGAGUGACGGGUCGACUCGUGUUAAAAAGGGGUACAAGCGUUACUUGCACAUGGGCCAAGUUAAUCAGCUCGUGGCUCCAUCAUCAGAUGAGCGUUCACGACUGGCUUUAUCGGCAAUGAUUCAUGCGCUCGAAGUGGGCGAUGUGUAUGCCGUGGCACGCCUUGUCACAAAGAACAAUACACAUCCUCUAAUGGUCCUUCUUGCGCCGCAUAUCGAGCCUGGCUAUGAAGCUCUUUACGAGGUCAGAUUGCCCUUUGCUGAAGACGUACGUCAGUACAAAUUUGCUCCUCUCGAUCGCAUCAAGAAUAUCAAGGGCGAGUACUUGAAGUCUCAUCGAUAUCUACCAACAGAACCGCUUGUGAAUGCCAUGGAAGACUUGGUCGAGAGCAUGUCGCUUGAUUCGUUGGGCGAAAACUACCUUGCUCCAGAAGACACAUACAGUGUUGCUAUUCACCGGACCAUGAACAUCAUCAUGCAUCGAUUCUUCAACGACAGUGGCGGCGAGUUGCCCCCAACGCAAGACCUGCUCUUACGUCCUUCAAAAGUUCCGGAGCAGGUACUACAGAGUGAUAAGUUCAAGAGUGCUGUGGAACGCGCCAUCAGCACUGCCGACAUCAAGAAGGUGCCACCAAAGUCUGCUUACAAGCGCACGCGAGGGGAUGAAAAGGAUAUCAAACCAGAACCAAUGGAUAUCGAAGACUUGCUCAACCGUGAAGUCGAGGACGAUGACCAAGAGAUUGACCCUGAUGAUCGAGCAUACGACAUCUGGGAAACGAUGCUCAAGGAUGGCAUUCGCAACAAUGAUGAAGUCAGGUCAUUCAAAGCACUUGUCGACCGCUGUCCGAUCAGAGGAGAUAUCGAGGCACCUUUUGUACAACUCGUCAAUUUGCUGGACGACAUCAUCUUCCACUCCAUGGGUGACGAGGAGUAUCCAAAAGCGCUUGAGUUGAUGGAAGUCAUGCGAGAGGAGGCAAUUCGUCAUGAAGCAGAUGCCACAUUCAAUGCCUUCCGUGGAAAACUCGAAACCCGUUUGCCUGAGCAAGGUCGAGAAGACUUCGCCAAGCUUCUGGAGGAGAAUGGCCUUGGCAUGAUUCAGGAUUCAGAGAUUCUCGCUGCUGACAAGGCAGCUGGAGGAUCCGCUGAGGCCCAUGCUACGAGCGAUGUAGCCAUGGAAGACGAAAAACCUGCGCAAGACAAGGAGGACGAUGCAACGACCGAUGGCGAGGAUGACACUUGAGCAAUGCUAUGAAUACGAAUUCAGUAUAUGAAGAGGUCAGUCACUGUCGCUAGGCCGUGCUACCAGGAAGAGAAUCGCCUGCCUCUUUGGGCGUUGCCCAGUCAGCUAAAUGUCAGCAUCUAUAUCGAUAUCACGAAAUCUUACGUCGCGAUCGGCAGAAGAUUGAAAGAUUGGGCUUGCCUUCAAGGCCCUUGUCUUCCUGCAUAUUUCCACCCUUAACAUAGUAGGUGCCAUCUGCAGCCUCGCUGUAGAGUGGCGAUCCGCAAGUGGCGCAGAAGCAUCGCUUGAGCUCAUUGCCCGAAUCACCCUUGUCUGUAAAAUUAGCUGUGCUUCAUCCCCUUCGCGUGGGUACUUUGGUAGACUUUCACGUUGCCUUUCGUGGCAGUCAUCGAGCCCUUAGGAAACACCAG